UCAAAAUAAUGGUAAAAAAUUCAUAUGGGUACAGUGUUGCAUGACCGCGCAAUUGUCAUUCAAAGUGUGAUAGCGCUGAAAGCUGAAAAUUGGCCUGGACAGGAAGGGGGGAUGAAAGUGUCCGGACUGGAAAGGGGGGGUGAAAGUGUCCGGACUGGAAGGGGGUGAAAGUGUCCGGACUGGAAGGGGGUGAAAGUGUCCGGACUGGAAGGGGGUGAAAGUGUCCGGACUGGAAGGGGGGAAGUGUCCGGACUGGAAGGGGGUGAAAGUGUCCGGACUGGAAGGGGGUGGAAAGUGUCCGGACUGGAAGGGGGUGGAAAGUGUCCGGACUGGAAGGG